AUGGCAUCUUCAACACGCUCAAUGAACAUUAACAACGAAAUGAGCGGUAACCAUAUAAAAACAUACAAUCCAAGGAAUGAAAAUUCCGAGGAUAAAAAGAAGAGAAUAUUAGCUGAAAAAGCUGCUAAAAAACGUAGUGAAGCCAUCGAUAAAGAAUUAAAAGCUGAAAGAGAGAAAGCAUUAUUAUUAAGAUCCAAAAGUGCGAAAUUAUUACUACUAGUUUUGAAACAAUUAAAAAUCAUUCAUGGACAUGGUUUAGAAGAGGAACGUCAACGAUAUCGUAGAAUAGUUCAUUUGAAUGUACUUACUGCAAUGAAAUCAUUGACAAAUGCACUUCAGUUCUAUAGUCACACCUUGAAACCAGAGAAUGAACCACAUCUUGAAAAAUUUAUUAAAUUGACAUCGAUAAAAGAAACAUUGAAUCGUGAUUCUAUCAGUGUUCAGGCUGCUAUCAAAGAUCAGAAGCUGGAUGAUAGCGCUUUGGAUGUGUUUAACGAAUAUGCUGAAUCCGUUAAAGCAUUAUGGACAGAUCCUGCAAUUAAACUCUGUUAUAAAUACGCUGGAAAAAUUGGUUUACAAGACUCUGCACAAUACUUCCUUGAUAAUAUCGAUAGAUUUGUCGAUGAAAAUUAUUCACCAUCAGAUUCAGACAUAUUACAAGCAAGAAUUAGAACAAUCGGAGUGACAGAACAUACAUUUGAUGUAAAUGAUAUAAUAUUCAGGAUUUUUGAUGUUGGUGGGCAUCGAUCUCAACGACAAUUCUGGGCACCAUAUUUUGAUGAUGUGGAUGCAAUAAUUUUUAUGGCUGCAAUAUCGGCAUAUGAUCAGACAUUAGAAGAGGAUGAUAAGACUAAUCGUAUGCAAGAUUCUAUUAAUCUAUUUGAGAGAAUAUGUAAUCAUAAAUUAUUUAAAAAGACUGGAAUAAUUUUGUUUCUGAAUAAAAUUGAUAUCUUGACACACAAACUUACAUUAACACCAGUCAAAAAUUAUUUUCCUGAUUACGAGGGUAAUUAA